UUGACAAAUAAAGCUCACCUGCAGUCAUUCCAAAAGUUAAGGAUAUCUCGUCUCUCUCCGUCUCACAAUAGUUUCCUUCCGGAACUUCAUAUUCGUGGUCAAAAGCUUUCGCAGGACAUCAUAGUACAACAUGUCGGCCCCCAAAGAACUUAAGAUGGAAUACACAAGACUCGGUAACUCGGGACUAAAGAUAUCCAAGGUUAUCUUUGGUGCCAUGUCUUUUGGAUCAUCUGAAUGGCAAGAUUGGGUACUCGACGAGGAGGAAGCUCUUCCACUAUUGAAACACGCAUACGAUCUCGGGCUGAAUACAUGGGACACUGCAGAUACCUACGCCAACGGAAGAUCCGAGGAAAUCAUCGGAAAAGCAUUGAAACAAUACUCAAUUCCAAGAAACAAGGUUGUUAUUCUUAGUAAAUGCUAUUAUGGUGUUGCUGAAGAUGGAACACAACCACACAUUUCGACGCUUCGCACAAAUGAUGGAGAGAUGGUCAACCGGGUUGGCCUGAGCAGAAAACAUAUUCUUGAUGCUGUGGACAAGAGUGUUGCUCGAUUAGGAACACAUAUCGAUGUCCUGCAGAUCCACAGACUCGAUCGCGAUACUCCCAGGGAGGAAAUCAUGAGAGCCUUGAAUGAUGUUGUGGAAAGUGGCAAAGUUCGGUAUAUUGGUGCAAGCAGUAUGGCUGCAUGGGAAUUCCAAACGCUACAAAAUAUCGCCGAGAAGAAAGGCUGGCACAAAUUUAUCUCCAUGCAAAAUUAUUACAACUUGCUUUACCGUGAAGAAGAACGAGAGAUGAUCCCAUACUGUAGAGACGUUGGUGUUGGACUCAUUCCGUGGAGCCCAAUUGCCCGAGGAGCACUUGCUCGUCCUUUCAAUGACCGAGGCACAAAACGGGAAAAUAGUGAUAUGAUGCUCAAGGCUUUGAUCCGUAGCAAAGAGACUGAAAUCGAUAAAACCGUCAUUAAUCGUGUUGAGGAGAUUGCAAAGAAAAAUGGAGUUAGCAUGGCAACUAUAGCUGUUGCUUGGUGUCUUAGCAAGGACAGUGUCAAUCCAAUUAUUGGUUUGAGUAGCAAAGAGAGAAUUGAGCAAGCAGUAGAGGCCGUCAAAUUCGCCAGUUCUGGGAAAUUGACUGCAGAGGACAUUGCAUAUCUUGAGGAAAGCUACGCACCUAAGGUUGUACAAGGUUAUUAAAAUAUAUUGAGUGGCAACCAUGUGGCUUGCAAGGACAGGAAUCACAACCAGGUCCAUGUACUUCAUGGUGUCAUACCUUUCUCUUGGUCCAACAAAGAAUGCCGUUCGUGUCACAAACAGGUGAUUCAUGCUUUGUCGUUUGUCUUUUCUAAAAUGGGAUUCCUCUUCACUGUCCAUUCAUAUCUCACAAAUUGAUUAUCCGACUCGAUGUAAGUCAGAUACCAGAAACAAUGAAGGCUACAAAAUCAUCGCUGUCGUGGUAGAUCAGAACUACUCAACUAUUACUCGCCACCACCUAUCUUGCACCUACGUUAUUAGGAAUUGUAUAAAGUAAUGAUCAACAUGAUUAUAAAUUUCUCGGAAGACGCCCUUUUCUUCUGUACAAUCCUCGUGUUUCACCACAUCAUAUUAAAGUAACUUGGAGUUUAUUCAAGGUUCUUGCAGUAUUGAAGUCAGCUUCCCUCGACCACAAUUCAUCUACUAUCGGACCCAAACUCACGGGUCGGCUCGGUAUUCUAGCCUGGGCAAGCUUUCCCCUGAUUUUACUACUUCGUAGUUCUUAGCCUCCUGGUGGGGUAAAAAGUGGCAUCGUCAGAACU